AUGUCAAGAAAUCCCAGCUCUUGCCUGAGAGCCAUGCAAGCAGCACAGCAGAAGGGCAUCCAAAGGUCUCACCAGAAAGGGCCUGAGGAAAAGGAACUAAAUGGGAAAGUGAGAGAGACGGAGGAAGCAAAGGCAUAUAGGUUAUCUGUGCAAGUGCCAGGAUACAGUGCCAGGAGAAAAGGAGGCGCUCCCGUCAGUGGCAGCCCUCCUCCGGCAGCGGAGCAGCUGAGCGCUUGCCGGGGACAAGGGCAGCCCGGGCGGGCGGCUCAGCACCGUGGCCAGCUCCGCGGCAGCGAGCGGGGCCGGGCCGCCACGGCAGCCCCGCGCCGCGCCCUCCGGGACACCGCGCGGACUACGCCGUGGUGCGCGCACCCGCGGCCUAGCCAGGCGUAUCUGUAUGCAGGGAUCGAUGCAAGUGCCGCUAAUGGCUCCAGCACUCAGAGCGCCAGGCGACAGACAGCCCGCUUCCCAUCCAGCCGUGCCCACACAGCAGCCGUCACACGCAUGCCACAACCCAGAGCUGGAAAUACAGACGCAGCUAUUUUAAAACAGAGAUCUUUCGCCGGGAUCGCCCCGUCCUGCCCCGCUGGAAUAAGCCCUUCCCGGGGCGGGCCGUGGCCCCCGGAGCUCCCGCGCCCGGCAAACUCCCUCUCCCACGGGGACCGAAACCGCGCCGCGGCUCCCACGCAGCAGCCGCCGGGGCCGGGCCGGCAGUGCCGGAGCCCGCGGGCCGCGCCCCGCCGAGGCGGCCGGAGCGCCCGCGGGGACGGGGCGCGGGUAACGGCGGCGGCCGCGGCGCAGCACCGCGAAUCCUCACCUGGAACGGGGCCGAGGCGGCGGCUCCUCGGGGCGGCACGGCGAGUCCCGGCGGUGCCCCCGGCCCCACAGGGGAUGGUGUGCGCGGCGCGGGGCGGGGGCUACAGCGGCGCCCCCCGGCCCAGCCUCCGCCCCAUGGUGUGCGGCGCGGUCUCUAUGGCGACUGCAGAGCCGGGCCGGCCCGCGGGGAGGGGUAACGGCAGCGCGCAGGCGGAGGGCGCUCAGCGGGUCACGGGGCGGCUCGCAGCGCUCCCCAUGGGGGUCGAGCCCCUCGCCGCGGCCGCCGCCAUCCCUGCGGCACUGCCGGCCGGAGCACGGCCGCGCUCACCCGCGCCGCCGCCUCCGCGCUCGCCCUUCCUCGGCCGCGGCGCCACCGAGCCCGCUGUCCCCGGGGCACCGCCCACAUCCCAUUUCCGGAGCGCUGAUUGGGCAGCUGCCGCGAUUCCUCACGGGCGAUUGGCUCUCGGCGCGGUCAAUCCGGGCGCCGGGGGCGGGCGCACCUGGACGCGGCGCUGUGCGGUGCGGGGUUGGCCGAGCCGGCGAGCGCCGGUCCAGCCGCGGCCGCCUCCGCGCAGCCCCAGGGCCGAGCUGCGGGAUGAGCACCACCGGCGUUCCCGUUCCCCAUGCGCUUCCGAGGGGCAGCUCCUGUGCGGGGGUCGGCGCUGCCCCCGGGCGCUCGCCGCCGCGAGGCCGCCGCCGGCGGGAAGCUGGUUCUCCUUGCGGUGCCGCCUCCGCCUCGGCAGCCGGGCUCGGCCGCGCUGUCCGCACCUGGGCGGGCUGCCCGGGGCCUGA